CGGAGUCCGGAAAACUAAGCGGAAGGAAAGCAGAUCUAGUCAGGUCAGGAUGGUGGACAGCGGAGUAUUGCAUUUGAUUAUUAUUUAGCGUGUCCGGUAGAGUUUGUGGGAGUAAACAGGAGGAAGUGAGGCAGUUAGCUACGUGAUCAUAUGCUUUUCUCAUAUUUUACUCAUUACUCAUACCGCACAUGAACUUAGAGACAGUGAACAUGAGCAUGGCUGCGGUUGUACCCGAGAUCCGAGGUUUACAAACUGAAGAGGAUGAAUCAAGAGUCCUGAGAGUGAAAAUUGUAGCUGGAAUUGGACUGGCUAAGAAAGAUAUAUUGGGAGCCAGUGACCCAUACACAAGGGUGUCCCUCUACGAUCCUGUGAAUGGAGAACUCACCAGUCUUCAGACUAAAACUAUUAAGAAGACAUUGGACCCAAAAUGGAAUGAAGAAUUCUUUUUCAGAGUUCACCCCCAAAAGCAUCGGCUGCUGUUUGAGGUGUUUGACGAGAAUCGUUUGACACGGGAUGACUUCCUGGGACAGGUGGAUGUGCCACUGGACCACAUUCCGACAGAAAAUCCUAACAUUGAAAGGCCAUACACAUUUAAGGAUUUUCUACUUCACCCAAGAAGUCACAAGUCCCGGGUUAAAGGGCACCUGCGACUCAAGAUGACGUACUUGCCCACAGCCAACGGCUCGGAGGAGGACGGCACGGAGCAGGGCGAGGAUCUGGACCCUGGCUGGGAGUUUCUGGAAGGACAGGACAUGUCUGGUCCCCAGCACAAUCAGCAACUUCCUGCACUGCCCCCUGGCUGGGAGGAGAGACAAGACAAUCUGGGAAGAACCUACUUCGUCAAUCAUGAGACCCGAACCACACAAUGGCAUAGGCCCACAGUCCUGGACAGCCAGCAGGAAGCGGAGCGGAGGCAGGCCAAUCACAUGGAGGCACAGAACGCCUUCACCGCCCGGCGACAGAUCAAUGACCAUGUGGAUGGCCCGCAGCGGGACUCUCCAGAGAGCUGGGAGAUCAUCUCGGAGGAGAUGAACACCUUCUGUAACGAAAUGAGCCAACUGCAGGCCUCCGGGUCGAUCGGCAGCUUCCGCCACGCCUCGCUCACGCCGCAGAGUCAAACCAGUCGCCGUGGCAGAAGUCAAACGCUGUCAGGAGAGGAACGUCCCACCCCACCUGUGUUCGUCCCGACCUCGACGGGGCUGCCGCCAGGCUGGGAGGAGAAGCGGGACAGCAAGGGCAGGCGUUACUACGUCAACCACAACAGCAGGACCACCACCUGGACCCGCCCGCUGGUGCAGACGAUUUCGGAGGCCGCGCAGGUGGCGGUGCCCCAGGCUGUUGCUGGGCUCCGGCCCUCCCAGCCUGCCCAGGCCUCCCCAGAGACGUCCCCGCAGCACUCCCCCAGCCCCCUGCCCAAAAUCAAGGCUGGCCUCAUGCCCCCGGGAUGGGAGGUCCGCAGCGCCCCCAACGGCCGCCCCUUCUUCAUCAACCACAACACCAAAACCACCAGCUGGGAAGAUCCCAGGUUUAAAAUCCCUGUGCAUAUGAGAAGGCGACCUUCACUGGACCCCUCCGACCUUGGACCACUCCCUCCUGGGUGGGAAGAGAGGGUUCACAGUGACGGAAGGAUGUUCUACAUAGAUCACAAUACUAAGGCCACUCAAUGGGAGGACCCCAGAUUACAGAAUUCAGCCAUAACUGGACCAGCUGUGCCUUACUCUAGAGACUACAAGCAGAAGUAUGAUUUCUUCCGGAAGAAGCUGAGGAAACCGGCCGACAUCCCCAACCGCUUCGAGAUGAAGCUUCGGCGCACGGCCAUCAUGGAGGACUCCUACAGACGCAUCCUGUCCGUCAAGAGGGCUGACUUCCUGAAGGCACGCCUGUGGAUUGACUUUGAGGGGGAGAAGGGGCUGGACUACGGCGGCGUGGCCCGGGAGUGGUUCUUCCUCAUCUCCAAGGAGAUGUUCAACCCCUACUAUGGGCUGUUUGAGUAUUCGGCCACGGAUAACUACACGCUGCAGAUCAACCCCAACUCCGGACUCUGCAAUGAGGACCACGUGUCCUACUUCAAGUUCAUCGGGCGAGUGGCCGGCAUGGCGGUCUAUCACGGCAAGCUUCUAGAUGCGUUCUUCAUUCGGCCCUUCUACAAGAUGAUGCUGCAGAAGCCUAUCACCCUGCAGGACAUGGAGUCUGUGGACAGUGAGUACUUCAACUCCCUGAAUUGGAUUCUAGAGAACGACCCAACAGAUCUGGACCUGAGAUUCACCGUUGAUGAGGAACUCUUUGGACAGACUCAUCAGCAUGAGCUGAAGCCUGGGGGAGCGGACAUUGUGGUCACGGACAAAAACAAGAAGGAGUACAUCCACCUCGUCAUUCAGUGGAGGUUCGUGAAUCGGAUACAGAAACAAAUGACUGCUUUCAAAGAGGGAUUUUACGAGCUGAUACCUCUGGAUCUCAUUAAGAUAUUUGAUGAGAAUGAGCUGGAGCUGCUGAUGUGUGGCCUUGGGGAUGUGGACGUCAACGACUGGAGGGAGAACACCAAGUACAAGAACGGCUACUGCGCCAACCAGCCCGUCAUCCAGUGGUUCUGGAAGGCGGUGCUGCUGAUGGACGCGGAGAAGCGGAUUCGUCUGCUGCAGUUUGUGACCGGCACGUCCCGCGUACCCAUGAACGGGUUCGCUGAGCUGUACGGGUCCAAUGGUCCACAGCUGUUCACCAUUGAACAGUGGGGUACGCCUGACAAACUGCCCAGAGCCCACACUUGCUUCAACCGCUUGGACCUUCCUCCCUACGAGUCAUUCGAGGAGCUGAGGGAGAAGCUCCACAUCGCCAUCGAGAACGCGCAGGGUUUCGACGGCGUGGAUUAGGGGGCGUAGGCGAGGGUAACUGAAGAAGCACUCUAAUUGGUGGACACCGCCGGACACCUCCGUACCCACGCAGGCACAGCACGUCGGCUGUCAAUCAGAAUCUAACGGAGGAACGCAGGAGGCGGGCUGUUUCCAGAACGCUAAGCACAGUUCUCCCCCCCGGCUGCAUGUUCUUAACGGGCCUUUGGGGCUUCAGUUAAACAGUGAAGAGCUCAGAUAUAUCCCUCCAAUCAGACAAAGCCUUCCUUUCUCUGGUUGUCUCUUCUUUACAAAAAGGUUUACAGAACUCAGGCCUGGAUGCAGUCCUGCCACACAGAGCUUUGUGCUUCAUUCACAAACAUAUGCAAGCGUUUCCUUUUUUUUUUUGUCACUAACGCCACAUUAUUAGUUUGUCUCAAUAAUGGAAAAUUUAAAAAGUAGCAUGAAAAAUGGAAAAAGUACACGAUGCUCCGAGAUGCUUGUAUUUGUGUAGUUCAUAAUUGUACAGUAUAUGUGCUUAUGCAUGUAUACACGUUUAUGUUAAUGUGUAUGUAUCUAUACAGAUACACAUAAAGAAUGUUCAUAAAUGUAUACUUCUCUAUCCUUGAAUAGGUCUACUAUUUUGAAAGGGGCAUAUAAGCUAUAUGGAUUCAUAGGCUGACCUGGAGAAAUACAUUUGGUCUUAUGCAGUAGAAACUGAUGUUUUAUCAGAGUGAAGGAUGGCCAGUGUUUCGGAACAACCAGGAGAUCCGUCAAAUAAUAUCCAAUAGCAGUCUUACAAACUGAAUUUCCUUUAGUCUUGUGAUUAUCUUUAAUUGGCUGACAAUGUAUCCAUCUUUUCCAGUGUCUUUCCAACACGGGUUUACAGUCACAUUUAAAAGUCAUGCGCUGCACUUUGAUUGUGGAUUACUGAAAGUAUUGGCUGCUCUCUGAAUCAGGGCUCUGCAGCACUGUCCAUCUGUUUAAGUGGUGGUUAGUUUACAUCUGUGUAAAAUAUGUAAACACAGUGGCGGUGAGCCCUGAGAAAUGAGUGGGAAAACAUGCUUUUAAAAAAAAAAAUAUUAAUAAAUAAAUAAAUAAAAAUUUUGAUGAUUAAUCACCACAGCUAUUAAACAGGAUGUCUCCUUAGCAACAGAUUCCUGUGUUUGGGGUUGUUGCAGGACAGUACCCUCUCUGCACUCGAUGUGAAAUCAUUUUAGUUCUGUCAGUUAAGAUGCGUUGCAUGAAGAGUCGAAUUGCAACAGAGGUCACUUUGAACUUUUAAUCAGUGUUUAUUUUAUUUCAGUUUACGUGUUUCGUUUUCGUUUUUAAUUUUGCCCUCCCAUGUUGGAAAGGUGAAUUCUAUUGGUAUGCCUUUGUCACCACUGCAACAUUAUCUGUCGAUUUGGGAGAGGUAUCUGUAGACGGGCACACGCCGGCGCAGAGGGCGCGCUGCCACCCAGCGCUGUGUACACUGCGCCAUUUUGUGCCCCGCUGGCAGGGUGCCUCUCCUGGGGAUGAGACGGGGACGACCCUGCGCUGGCUAAAACGCUCCCUGUAGGCUGACGCUGUCCUGCGAGUCUGCUGGUCUCAGUUGGCCCCAGCACGGUUGCCGUUAGAUACCAGGUCACGGUGUGGCACUACACUAAGGACCAGUGCUUAUGCAGGACAAGCCCCCCCCCCCCCCCCCCCCCCCCCCCCAGGACAAAUCCCAAUGGCUUGUGUCUUACUGUCAUGACUAAAAUAAUUUUGCUGACGUGCUAAGUUAACACUGUCAUUUCAGAUGCAGAUAAAAUUGAAAAGCCAGCCAAAAGGCAGUGAGUUUCAUUUCAUUUCUGUACUCAUUCUUUGUAUCGAUUAAUUAAAGUCAGGUUUUGGAUAGUUGUCAAAGAGUGGAGGUUCUCUACCUCUUCUGCUUGUAGUUGACUAGUUGUCACUAAAAUAUAACUAUUGUACUACGUUUUUUCUUUUGUAUUACUUAAUUUUAUGGGUUUCGAUGUCUAUCAUUUUAAUUGAACAUAUGUUUACACUGUCCAGUGUUUGAAUUCUUCAUUUUAUUUUCUACUGUCUUCUAUGUUAAACGUUUUGACUUUUUUAAAAAAUUUGUGCUAAAGAAUGGAGCACUUCUGCUAUGACUUUUAGUUUUCAAAUGUUUUAUCAUAUGAAUGUUUUCAUAUUUCAAUAGUGAAGGAUUACUUUUACUUUAAAAUUCUAGCUCUCAAUUGAACAUUUGACUAGAAAAUGUUUACAUGUAAACCUUGCUGAAAAUAAGCAAAUACUUUCUUUUUACAUGUAAUUUACAAGACUGUUAAAUUACGAUGCCUUUGUAUAAUAAAUUGUACUAUACAAUAUUUUGAAUAUCAGAAUUAUAAUGCAUUGAAGUAUAUUCUUAUCAUUGGGGAGUAUAGUUUUUAAGGCCCUAAAGUACAAUAUAUUUAAUAUUUCAGACAAAAUUAAGAAAAAUGUAUAUAUCAUAAAUAUGUUGAGUACAUAUGAUUCUGGCAUAUAAGAAAUGUAUUUUGUAUUAAUUGAAUACGUUACUGUACAGUAAUAUUUCAUUAACUUGUUAAAAUAGAUUUUAACAUCAAAAUUGCAUGUCCAUGUAAAUGGUGGCAUAUUUUGAAAAAUAAACAGAAUGUGACUUUCA